AUGAAGCUGACAGAGAACCUGACAGAGAACCUGACAGAGAACCGGACAGAGAACCUGACAGAGAACCUGACAGAGAACCGGACAGAGAACCUGACAGAGAACCGGACAGAGAACCGGACAGAGAACCUGACAGAGAACCGGACAGAGAACCUGACAGAGAACCUGACAGAGAACCUGACAGAGAACCAGACAGAGAACCGGACAGAGAACCUGACAGAGAACCUGACAGAGAACCUGACAGAGAACCUGACAGAGAACCAGACAGAGAACCGGACAGAGAACCUGACAGAGAACCUGACAGAGAACCUGACAGAGAACCGGACAGAGAACCGGACAGAGAACCUGACAGAGAACCGGACAGAGAACCUGACAGAGAACCUGACAGAGAACCUGACAGAGAACCUGACAGAGAACCUGACAGAGAACCUGACAGAGAACCGGACAGAGAACCUGACAGAGAACCUGACAGAGAACCUGACAGAGAACCUGACAGAGAACCGGACAGAGAACCUGACAGAGAACCUGACAGAGAACCGGACAGAGAACCUGACAGAGAACCGGACAGAGAACCGGACAGAGAACCUGACAGAGAACCUGACAGAGAACCUGACAGAGAACCGGACAGAGAACCUGACAGAGAACCUGACAGAGAACCGGACAGAGAACCUGACAGAGAACCUGACAGAGAACCUGACAGAGAACCGGACAGAGAACCGGACAGAGAACCGGACAGAGAACCGGACAGAGAACCUGACAGAGAACCUGACAGAGAACCGGACAGAGAACCUGACAGAGAACCUGACAGAGAACCUGACAGAGAACCUGACAGAGAACCGGACAGAGAACCUGACAGAGAACCUGACAGAGAACCUGACAGAGAACCGGACAGAGAACCUGACAGAGAACCGGACAGAGAACCUGACAGAGAACCGGACAGAGAACCGGACAGAGAACCGGACAGAGAACCUGACAGAGAACCUGACAGAGAACCAGACAGAGAACCUGACAGAGAACCUGACAGAGAACCGGACAGAGAACCUGACAGAGAACCUGACAGAGAACCUGACAGAGAACCUGACAGAGAACCUGACAGAGAACCUACAGCUUUCAAAAUGGGGAGCGAGGGAGAGAACCAAAUAA